AUGCAGGAUUCACCCAGCUCUCUGGUGAUGGAUGGAUACUCCAGCAAUGUCCCAGCCUUCCUAACAAAACUCUGGACGCUGGUGGAAGACCCUGAAACAAACCAUCUCAUCUGCUGGAGUUCUAAUGGCACCAGCUUCCAUGUGUUUGACCAAGGCCGCUUUGCCAAAGAGGUGCUGCCCAAGUAUUUCAAGCACAACAAUAUGGCCAGCUUCGUCCGGCAGCUGAACAUGUAUGGCUUCAGGAAGGUGGUGAACAUCGAGCAGGGAGGGCUUGUCAAGCCUGAGCGGGACGACACUGAGUUCCAGCACCUCUGCUUCCUGCAGGGCCACGAGCACCUCCUGGAGCACAUCAAGAGGAAGGUGUCAGUAGUGAAAAGUGAGGAGACCAAGAUGCGCCAGGAGGACCUCAGCAGGUUGCUAUACGAGGUACAAAUACUGAGAAGUCAGCAGGAGAACAUGGAGUGUCAAGUGCAGGACAUGAAGCAGCAAAAUGAAGUUCUUUGGCGGGAAGUUGUUUCUCUCCGGCAGAACCACUCACAGCAACAGAAAGUCAUCAACAAGCUGAUUCAGUUUCUGUUUGGCCAGCUCCAAUCAAGCCCCAGCAGCACUGGGAUAAAGAGGAAGCUACCUCUGAUGCUUGACAAUGGGAUCUCAGCUCCACCUGUGUCCAAGUUCAGCCGGCAUUUGUCUGCAGACCCCCUCCACGACCCCUAUUUCAUACAGUCGCCAUCGACAGAGCCUGCCUCUUGCUUAAACAGCCCUGCAAUCACUGGAGGACCCAUCAUAUCUGAUGUUACUGAAGCAUCACCAUCCAACAUCAUGAAUAUGCAAUCCCCUCCUGAAAAUGACAGGGAGAAGUGCCUCAUGCUGAUCAAGGAAGAGCCAGCGAGCCCUGGAGUGAAAGCCAGCGUGGAGCCCGAGGUGCCCCUGCCCGGCUGCCGGGCCUGCUCCGAGCCCCCGGUGCUGCCGGUGGCCAUGGUUCAGUCUGUGCUGGAGGGCAAGGGCAGCUGUGGUGCAGUCCCACCAGGGACCUCCCAACCACCCGAGAGGAGAGGCAGGAGGGCACUGCUGGACAGAACAGAUAUUUCAGACCCAUUGGAGGGCACCGACUGGAGUUUGGAGGGGCUGCAGCUGCUGCUGAGGAGCCAGCAGUACAGCCUGGAGCCUGCCAGCCUCUUGGAUGUCUUUAAUCCCAAUUUAUCUCUGAGUGAGUGGAAUUUGACUGAAAUGGAAGCCAGUCUGUCCCCGAUGCAGCGACUCACAGUGGAUCUGGAGAAGAGUGCAACUGAGCUGCCCCCAAAAGUGUUCAACCCACCAUUCAACAACACCUGCCCAGGGAAAGAUGUCAUUCCUGAAAGUGCCCAGCAGUUCCUCCUCGACCGUCAGUCCAUCUUUGGGAAUGACCUCAUCAGCUUGCCUGAAAAUUCAUCACUUUAUGUUCCUUCUGAAAAUAUAGCUUCCUACAUGUCCUCUGUGGGUGUCCAAGGGGAUAUCCCCCUAAACCUGAGUUCUUCAAUGGACAACAGCCAGUGA